UGUCCAUCAUCCUCCGGUAACUGUGGUGGAAAUUAAUUAAAGUUUGGCUACUGACUUCUCUCCCGUACGACGUUAGAUCACCCACCCAACGAUAAAACACACAAAUUAACACAGAAGACAAGAUAAGAUCAAGAGCCGCUCAAAGAAGGGAGAGAGAAGAAUGGCUACUACUGUGGUAGAGAGCAAAGAAUGGUACAUGGCAGCCUAUGCACCAGAAGGAGUUCCGACCUCCGAUCAUCUCAAACUCCGGUCUGUCACUCUCUCACUUGCCGGAGAUUCCAUACCAGAUGGUCAUGCCAUUGUCCAGACCCUCUUCAUCUCCGUAGAUCCCUACCAGCGAACUAGAAUGACCGGCAUGCAAGACGGGCUUUACUUCUCCCAGUUCAACCUCGACGAGGUAAUCACUGCAUUUUCAAUUGGAAGGGUAAUUCGGUCGAAAGGCAAUAAUUACAAAGAGGGUGAUAUUGUCCUUAAUCCGUUCUCUCCGAUUGCCGACUAUUGUGUGGUACCCUCCGAGUCGUUAAUACGAAAGAUUGAUCCAACAUCUGGGGUUCCACUGCCAGAUUAUCUCAGUUCUCUAGGGGUACCGGGAUUUGCAGCAUGGGUGGGGAUAGAAGUGUUGGGAGAGCCAAAGGCAGGGUCGAAUGUGUUUGUUUCAGCUGCGGCUGGAGCGGUCGGAAUGUAUGCCGGACAAUUGGCUAAGCUCAAAGGUUGCAGGGUUGUCGGCAGCACCGGGUCAGAUGAGAAGGUAAAGCUCAUAAAGGAUGAUUUUGGGUAUGACGAUGCAUUCAACUACAAGAAGGAAACUGAUUUAGAUGCUGCUUUAAGCAAGUACUUCCCUGAUGGCAUCGAUAUAUAUUUUGACAAUGUUGGUGGCGAAAUGCUUGAGGCUGUCCUCAAUCACGUUAACAAGCAUGCACGGAUCCCAAUCUGCGGAAUGAUAUCUCAAUAUAAGAAGAAAUGGACAGACAGAGAUGGGGUAAGAAAUCUCCUGAAUAUGGUAGGUAAAGAGAUAAGGAUGGAAGGGUUUUUGGUGGGUUCAUAUUUGGAUCGUUUCGGGGAUUUUGCAAAGGAAAUGGAGAGCUACAUAAAAGAGGGCAAGAUUAGUUCCAAGUACACAAUCUACCAUGGAAUCGAGAGCUACUUGCAGAGCUUAGGCUCCCUCUUCACAAGCACUAAUAUUGGGAAAGUUGUGAUUGAAUUCAAAUCAUAAUCUGAAGAUUAUAAACUCUAUGCUUCUGGUUCGUGUAGUUAAAUAAAUGCUGGCAUUAUGUGCUUUAUGAGCUCUUCAUAUUCUAAUUGGAAUGAUACUGCCUUGUGAUCUAAUUUUGUUGCUUCUGCUUGUGGGAAGAAUUGAUGUUUAUGAAAGAAUCAAUUACUUUGUGU